UCAAGUGAUUGUAUGGUUGAUUGCUUCUAUCUUCUACUACAUGCUUGAUCUGAUACCAUUCUUGGCAAGUUGAGAGAGGGAUAUGUCUACAGCAGAAGGAGGAGAAGCAGGACGGCGUCACUUGGUUGUUCUUCCUCUAUCGGCUUACGGCCAUACCAUUCCAGCUCUCCUGCUCGCAGAUCGGUUAUUGAAUCUCGGCUAUGAAAUCACUUACAUCUGCCCAGAGUACAGGAUGAAGCAGCUUCUGCAGCAAUCCAAAGCCCGAGGGUGCAGCCAGGAAAUCAGAUUCAAGACGCUCAAGAGGACGAAUCCAGUCGCCGGCAAAUCGGAGCUGAGCGUGCACGACACAAUCCAGAUUCUAGCCUCGGUCAUACUCGACUACCAUGAGAAUUCAAAGGAGCUCAAGGAAAUCAUGGAAGAGCUCUUCAUCUGCGGAGGAACUCCGCCGAGCUGCAUCAUUUGCGACGCUGUUGUGUCGCUCUGGGCUCAAGAUGUAGCCAACGAAUUCAAGAUACCCUGGAUUCUGUUCUUCGCAUCGCCGGCUCUGGCACUGACGCUCGUGUUCUACACGAGAUAUCUGAAAGAGCAAGGGGAAGUGCCAGUUGAGAAGAUGAUCGAGAUUCCUGGGAUGGAAAAUUCGGGGCUUUCUCUUGUGCAUCCCGAUGAGAAUUGCGUUCCGAGGGAUGAUCUGGGAUCUGAUGCUUUUGAGUUCUUCUUGGAGAGUUGCCUCAAGAUCCAUGAUGCGGUUGGAGUUAUGUGCAACACGAUGGUGGAGCUUGAAGCUGAUGCAUGCAAGGCACUAGAGGAGAACAGGCUGAUCAAUCCCAACAAUGUCCCAUUCGCGGCGAUUGGACCUCUCUUGCCAAGAUCAUGCUUGGAAGAAUCAGAAUCAGAUCAAACAUUUGAAGAAAAUGAAGCAUUCGAAGGAGCUGAGAAGAAGGAUGCUUGUUUGAAGUGGCUUGAUCAACAAACUGAAGCUUCAGUCGUGUACAUCUCGCUGGGCAGCUUGGGGGAGGCGUCUGCGGAGCAAGUGAAGGAAUUUGCAUUCGGGCUUGAAGCGAGCAGGAAGGGAUUCUUGUGGGUUUUGCCAGGCGAUGGGGUUGAGAGCUUGCCAGAUGGAUUCUUAGAAACAGCAACAGGAAUUGCUGUAAACAACAGGGGAUUUGUGCUGCGGACUUGGGCUCCUCAGCUGCAGGUGCUCAAGCACAGAGCGACUGGAGGAUUCUUAACUCACUGUGGAUGGAAUUCAACUCUGGAAAGCAUGAGCCAUGGUGUGCCUAUGAUCACCAUGCCUUUCUUCACGGAGCAAGGAGGGAAUGCGAAGAUGAUCGUGGAGUAUUUCAAAAUCGGAGUGAGGCUCCCGAAAGAUGAGAGUGGAGUGAUCACAAGGCACACGAUUGAAGUAGCUGUGAGGGAAGUCAUUGAGAACGAUGCAAUGAGGAAGCGAGCUGCAGAACUGAAGCAAGUCGUACGAGCCACUGCAAAAGCUCCUCCAUUGAAAACGAAGGCCUUCCUUGAACAGAUUUUGAAUAAAUACUAAAUAACAUAUGUUGU